GAUGCUGAAGAGAACACGGCGCAGCAGCUGGCGCUGGAGGACGCGGAAGCUGACGAGCACCUGUACCUCUUCCAGCUGCCCUCCGUACUGCCGCUCGCGCCCCCAAAGCCCGCCAAAGUCAAGAGCGAACCGGAGGUGAAAGAGGAGCCUGGCGGCGGCGCCGGCGCCGCCGGCGCCCGCGCCGCCGCCGCCGCGCAGGCGGCGGCCCUGCGCCAAAAGGCCGCCGACGCCCUCGCUGCCGCCGCGGCCGGGCCGGCCGGCGCGGCGCUGCCGCAGCUGGCGGGGCGGACCGUCGGGCAGCUGCUCGUGUUUGAGAGCGGGCGCGUAAAGCUGCGGAUGGGGGACGCGUUGUUGGACGUGUCCUGCGGCGUGCCCUGCAGCGCCCGGCAGGACGUGGCCAUUGUCAACCCACAGGGCGGCGGCGGCGGCGCGUCGGGCGGUGGCGGCGGCGGUGGCGAGGGCAAGGGGCACCUGCUGCUGCUGGGGGCGGUGUCGCAGCGCGUGCUGGUGACGCCAGACGUGUGGCAGCUCAUGGCGGAUGAGCCGGUGCCGGCCUACGAGGCGCCGGCCGGCGCCGCGGGCGCGAGCGGGCGCGGCGCGGCCGCGGGCAAGGCGGACGCGGCGGCGGGGGUUGCGGCGAACGGAAGGCAUGAGGACUCGGAAAUGGAGGGCGGGGCUGCAGGGGAGCGGGAAGAGGACGAGGGGGAUGACUCGGAAGCGGCAGCAGCAGCGGACGGGGCAGAGGAAGCGUCGGAUGAGGAAGAAGGGGAAGGCGGGCCGCAGCCAAUGCAGGUGGACGGUGCCGCCGCGCGGGCAGCGGGGGCGGGGGAAAAGGCGUCGGCACCCCCAGCAGCGGCAUCUGCAGCAGCAGCAACGUCGGCGGCAGCAGCAGAAGCAUCGGCGGCAGCGGGGUCGCCGCCAGCAGGCGGCAAGGGGCCACAGCGGUUGCCUGCGACUGCAGCGGCGGCGGCGGGAGCCGCUCCGCCCCAGCCUGCCGCGCCGCCGCCUGCAGCGGCGCCGCAGCGGCUAGGCGGCGCGGGCGGCAGCGGGGCGCCUGUCGGCCGGCUAGGAGGCCUGGGCGGCGGGGGUGGGGGCGUCCGACGCGCGAAGCCUGUGCUUACAAAGCCUUCGGCCACCAAAAAGGCGGGGGCUAGCAACAUAGAGUUUGAUUUUCUGUAA